AACAAAUUCCAAGCAGAGAGCAGUUAGCUAGCCUAGAAGAGAGGGACACACCAGUGAGAAGGAAAUGGCCGAAUACGACGAGAGAUACGAAGGUAACGGUGAAGAAGAAGAAGAGCGCCUUCACAACUCUCAUUCUCGUCCUGAUUCGUCUCCUCCUCCUCCCGACCCUACCAACGACGAUCUCCCCGACUCCAAAUCUCACCAUGGCUCUCGGGAGUAUGACAGAGAAUCUUCAAGGAGCAGAGAAAAGGAGCGUGAGAAGGGAAGAGAAAAGGACAGGAAACGAGACAAGGGGAGGGACAGGGAUAGAGAUAGGGAGAUAAGCAGAAGGGACAGAGAUAGGGAGAGAAGCAAAGAUAGAGAAAGAGAUCGGGAUGGAGAGAAGGAAAGGGAUCGGGACCGGGACCACCAUCACAGAGACCGCCAUAGGGAUCGCAGUGAGAGAAGGGAAAGGGGAAGAGAUAGAGAUGAUGAUGAUUAUUACAGAAGCCGGGACUAUGAUAGACGAAGGGAUUAUGAUAGAGAGGAUAGGCACAGGCGCAGGUCUCGUUCACGUUCUGGAUCUCAUUCGAGGGGUAGAUCUGAGCAUAGAUCAAGGUCACGGUCGCGUUCGCGCUCAAAGAGCAAAAGGACUAGUGGUUUUGAUAUGGCUCCUCCUGCCUCUGCAAUGUUAGCUGGUGCUUCUGCUGUUGCAGGCCAGAUUACUGGAGCAAAUCCUGCUAUUCCUGGGAUGUUUCCAAAUAUGUUUCCGUUGGCUACUAGUCAGAUGCAGCCAUUUAGUGCUCUUCCCGUCAUGCCAGUUCAGGCUAUGACACAACAGGCUACACGUCAUGCUAGACGGGUGUAUGUUGGGGGCCUACCUCCUACGGCGAAUGAACAGUCAGUUGCUACUUUCUUCAGUCAGGUUAUGGCUAAGAUUGGAGGAAACACUGCCGGACCAGGUGAUGCAGUGGUCAAUGUUUACAUUAACCAUGACAAGAAGUUUGCCUUUGUGGAGAUGAGGUCUGUUGAGGAAGCUAGCAAUGCUAUGGCUUUGGAUGGGAUUAUUUUUGAGGGGGCACCAGUUAAGGUCAGGAGACCUACAGAUUAUAAUCCUUCUUUAGCUGCUACCCUAGGUCCAAGCCAACCUAAUCCCAAUUUGAAUCUCGGUGCUGUUGGCCUAACGCCCGGGUCAGCUGGAGGACUCGAUGGCCCUGAUCGAAUUUUUGUGGGUGGUCUUCCAUAUUACUUUACAGAAACACAGAUAAGAGAGCUUUUAGAGACUUUUGGUCCUCUUAGGGGCUUUGAUCUAGUGAAAGACAGAGAAACAGGAAACUCAAAGGGUUAUGCAUUUUGUGUUUACCAAGAUCUUGCAGUUACAGAUAUUGCCUGUGCUGCUCUCAAUGGAAUAAAAAUGGGAGAUAAGACUCUUACUGUUAGACGAGCUAACCAAGGUGCUAACCCACAGCAACCUAAACCUGAGCAAGAGAGCAUUUUAAUGCAUGCACAACAGCAAAUCGCUCUUCAGAAACUUAUGUUACAACCAGCUUUAGUGGCAACAAAGGUGGUGUGUUUAACCCAUGCAGUUUCUUCUGAUGAGCUCAAGGAUGAUGAGGACUACGAAGAGAUUCUUGAUGACAUGAGGCAGGAGUGCUCCAAAUUUGGUACUUUGGUGAAUGUGGUGAUCCCUCGCCCACAACCAAACGGUGAAGCUACCCCUGGCGUUGGAAAGGUGUUUUUGGAGUAUGUUGAUGUUGAUGGUGCUACAAAAGCCCGUGCUGGAUUGAAUGGACGGAAAUUUGGCGGAAAUCAAGUUGUAGCUGUCUUUUACCCUGAGAACAAAUUUGCCCAGGGAGAUUAUGAAGGCUAGUUGCAUUAGCGUCGCUUGGAUUGUAUUUUAAAAGAUUUCUUCUUAGCAUGGAUUUUCUUUUAUAUUUUAAACUUUUAAGCCGAGUCGUGGACAUGUAUUCCAUAAAGUGAUGAUGAAUUGUUUUUACAUAGGUUGGAGUAGUAAGAAAGUGUUAUGAUGGGAGAAUUUGUUAAUACACUAACUAACCUCUAUAUUGAUCCGUAAACCUUUUGUCCGUAAA